AUGGAGCGUCGGAGAUCUUCCCUACACGAUCCAGAAUCUUCAACAGCCUCCGAGUAUUACUCGUCCCAUCCUCCGUUCGCCCUUCCUGCACGGCACGACUCCGAUAACGAUAUCCAGGACCUCGAUGACUCGCAAGAUGUGCCUUUGACAACCUCUUCGGUACCGGGCGUCAAUCCAACAAGUCCAGGGUAUCGAAAUCCGCCAAUUCUCCCACCCCCUCUAGGGUAUUCUCAAUGGUCCCCGGAAGUACCCAGGCACGCCCGCAGUGGUAGUGGGGGAGGCUCGGCCCCUAUUCUUGAAAGACAAAUUUCAUCCGACAUGUCUGAUCGUGAACUCCGGCCGCAGCGACCGAACGGUCCAGCAAGAACACCUUCCAAUACAUAUGCACCGCCGCGCAGACCUCCACAAUUCUCUAUACACUCGAGCGGCCAGCUCCCCUAUGCGGCCAAACGACCCGCCCGACGAGAUCCUAACGCACAGUACCGUGCCCAAGAAAAAGCCUACGUUCAGAGAGUGAGGCAAGGGCCGCCGAAUGAAUGGUUUAAUUCUAAUACACAAAUACCAGGUCUACCAGAUAUCGAUUUGGAUUUAGAGGACGAAUCACCUUCAUCGGAAGCUCAGUUUGAUAAUGACCCUGACGAUGCUGAAGCACACUUGGUAUUGGAGAAUGAUAACGUACAACCCACCCUGGAAGAGCUCCAAAACCCGAAAAUUCGGGAGAAAUUGGAAUGGCAUUCUAUGUUGGCGUCCGUAUUGAAGGGAGAUGUCAUUAAGCAAGAAAAACGACGUUUGAUUGGAACCGGUGAGCCCAAGAGUCUCAGCGACAUAAAUGAUGAGGUUUGGAUAGGAAUCCGGGCAAGAUCUUGCGGCCGACCAGAAGCUCUGCAAAAAAAGAUCCUAGAGUACGAAAGAUCUCUUGUCGCUCCGGUACUCGAAGAAAUUGUUUCAUUCAAAAUCAAAGGCGAGGCAGAAAUUGGAAAGCCACCCUUGGACCAAGUUGAAGAUAUAGUCGCAAAAAUUGAGAAAGUUGAGAGCUUAUAUUCAGCCAGGCGCGAACUUGCCAUUCAUCAUAAACGUGCAGGAUCCGCAGAAUUUAUUGCCAGUUGCGAUGCAGUUAUAUCAUGGCACAAUACCACACAGCUCAUCAAUACUCAGUUUGCCAUUCUUCAGAGAUGGGUCGGCAACGAGGAAUUGAAUUUUAAUUUACCGCUAAUGAGGCCGUCUCACGCCGCGGAUCUUGCAGACGAAGGAUCUUUCCUUGAUCGCAUUAUGAAAGAGGAUGGUCUCAAAUCCCUUCAGGGGGAUGGCAUUGUGGUAGAUGCAAAAGGGCGCACCAGGAAGAAUAGUAUGCUAGACGGGAUUGGCGAAGUCAUCAGAAAGGCUAAAAGUACUCUAAUUCGGAAUUCCGAAGCAUUCGCAGAGCGACACUUACCGCCUUAUAUCGAGGAAUUACUCAUCUUGAUCAGUUUUCCAUCUCGUCUCAUUUUGGAAGUUAUUCGUGUCCGCCUUUCAUAUGCCAAGAAGAUGAAGGAUCCCGGACAACAGUCACCCAUGUUGCUUGAUCAGAUGAUUGUGCAGUUCCAAAUUUUAAUGAAGAUUGCUGUCGAAAUUAAGCAAAGGUACUUGAUUGUCUCUGAACCAGAGCCUGGGUGGGAGCUCCCGCCAUGUUUCGAGGAAAAUUUUGACACUGUCGUUGUUGAUGCUUUAAAAUACUAUUUCAAGCUUCUGAACUGGAAGCUAAGUGCCAAUAAAAACACGUUUAAAGAAGCUGAAAUUCUUGAACAGGAAUGGGAUUUUUCCAAUGAAAUUGGCCGUCAGCUUGAAGGUGGAGAUAUUGAAGUUGCAGAGCAAUUCAGUACUUUGACGGCUAAAGCUCUGCAGCGGCUGAUGCUUCAUUUCGAACGUGAGCUUCUUAGCAAGCCUGAAGAAGACGCCGUCGAGUCAGAAAAGCGAUAUAAGCAAAUUCUUGAUUCUGUUCGAGUGCGACAGAGAAAACUGUUCCGGUUUUCUCGAUUUCUUCGUCAGCGAUUUGAAAAUGCAACGGAGUUUCAACUAAAGGAAGAAAUAAUUGACACGUUCUCCGAGGCACUAUUGGCAUCUGGUCAUUUUAUUGUCACAUCUGUGGACUCCGUAGGUCAAAAGGGGGUGUGCUUAAUUGCCUCUCCUUCUUUAUAUGGGCGACCGAAAGAUAUUCAGUCAAUUCUUGGAACAUCUUUUCGAGCCGAUGAUGUUCCAGAAGACCCCUCGAAUCCAUAUAUUUUAGUAAUUCGUGCUAUACGCCCUUUCCCCUGGAACGGAAAAAGGAUGGAAGUUGAUCUUUUAGAGCACCCGACGGAUGUUCGGCUUGGAAAAUUACGACUUGUAGCCGACGGUUCCCAGCAGCGCCUUCAAGACGCCAGAACGGAACUUACUCGAUUGACCGGGUUGGAGUUCGAUGUCACAGUUGGUGAACGGGCUAAUCUUGGGCGAGUGAAUCUCGAACUGAAUAAAAUCCAAAAGACCGCUUGGAAACUCUCAAACACCAUUAUCGAUAGCGUGGAGAUUAUUAGAAAGCAAAACCAGGGUUCUGGAAACCAGGAGCUAAUUCAGUCUUGCUACGCCUUUGCCACUGAGUUUGGCAAGCGAUCCCUAAUGUAUAUGGAGCCAACUCGACGCUCAACAAAUCAUAGUAAAUUGGUAAGGCUAGCACUUGACUGGGUUUCCUUUGUUUGUGAUGAUUGUGAUGCUGCUGAUCGGAAAACCUUCAAGUGGGCUGUUGCAGCCCUGGAGUUUGCUAUGGUCAUAACCCACGGGCAUAGCAUUACCUCUCUUUGCGAUGAAGAUUAUCAUUUGCUACGUGUCAAAGUCGCGGGCUGUAUGUCGACAUUAAUUUCUCACUUCGACAUCAUGGGUGCCCGAUCGACUUUAGCUGCUAAGGCAGAGAAACAACAACUAGGCUUCGGAAAACUUGAUUUAAGUAGAGCUUUAAGCGACGCAGACGCAGCCCAGGCAGUGCAUGAGUUGCGAUGCUUGCGCAUUGGUGAGCUUGAGCAGUUCAGAUUGGAGUCUGACGGUAAGCGGCGGCCACUUGGCAGAGUGCUUGAAGGCGUCAACGAAGCGGAUCGGUCUCUCACAGUGUUAUCAUCAUCGGCAACGAACGUCACAUUACGGUGGCAGCAAGGUCAGUUUAUUGGAGGAGGCACCUCAGGUUCGGUCUACGCUGCGAUUGAUCUUGAUACAAGCUACUUGAUGGCGGUUAAGGAAAUCAAACUUCAAGAACCUUCAGUAAUACCAGGUGCCGCUCAACAGAUUCGAGACGAAAUGGCGGUUCUUGAAGUACUCGAUCACCCAAACGUUGUUUCUUAUCGCGGAAUUGAAGUCCAUCGUGAUAAAGUUUAUAUUUUUAUGGAAUACUGCUCUGGUGGAUCCUUGGCCACGUUGCUUGAACAUGGUAGAAUCGAGGAUGAAACUGUCAUAAUGGUCUAUGCUCUUCAGUUACUUGAGGGUCUGGCAUAUUUACAUCAGGCCGGCAUUGUUCACCGGGAUAUCAAACCUGCUAAUAUUCUUCUGGAUCAUAAUGGCGUGAUUAAAUAUGUGGACUUUGGGGCAGCGAUGAUUAUUGCACGGCAAGGGAAAACACUGGCUGCUAUGGAUCACUACGGUGGAAAUUACAAAGAUGCAAGCGGCAUAGCCAAAGACACCCAUAGUCAACGAAAAAAUCAAAAGUCUGUGACAGGUACUCCCAUGUAUAUGUCACCGGAGCUCGUUCGGGGAGAAAUCGGCCAUUCUGGUGGUCGCCACGGUUCUAUGGAUAUCUGGUCCCUGGGUUGCGUGAUUUUGGAAAUGGCCACCGGCUUACGCCCAUGGUCCGGAAUUGAUAACGAAUGGGCCAUCAUGUACAAAAUUGCCCAAGGGAAUCAGCCUCACCUUCCAACGCCGGACCAAUUGAGCGAAAUGGGCAUUGAUUUCGUUAAGCGAUGUUUUGAAAUCGAUCCUGCCAAAAGACCAAGUGCGGUUGAACUGUUACAACAUGAGUGGAUUGUCACUAUAAGGCAACAGGUUGUUGCUGAACCACAGACGCCUAUCAGUGAGAGUGGAAGCCAGUCGUCAAGUUCGGUCACCAGUCGGCAGAAUUCAAGCAUGUUUUGA